UAUGCUAUCUAUGAUUCCUGGAGAGGAGACUGAAUAUUUGAGUUAUGAUACUCCAUGUAGAUCAGAUGAAGAUUCAGAUAUAGAUCCAGAAUGGUUCACUUCUGAAUUUUUGAAUGAUGUUAAAUGCUCUGGUAUUCCGAACCAUCGAAUAAUACUCAAAGUUGGGGUCCCUAUUAUGCUCAUGCGUAAUCUAGAUCAGGCUUCUGGGUUGUGUAAUGGCACUAGAUUGAUGGUUACAGAUUUGACACCUUAUAUUAUUGUAGCUACCGCACUAUCAGGACUAAAAUCAGGAAAACCUGUUUAUAUUCCUAGAAUGAGCUUGACUCCUUCCGACACUGGCCUCCCUUUUAAAUUCCAACGACGACAAUUCCCAAUAACUGUUUGUUUUGCCAUGACUAUCAAUAAGAGUCAAGGACAAUCUUUGUCGCAUGUUGGAUUAUAUCUUCCACGGCCGGUGUUCACGCAUGGUCAAUUAUAUGUAGCAGUAUCAAGAGUUAAAUCCAGAAAAGGGUUGAAGAUUUUCAUUGUUGAUGACAAAGGAGUAGUUUCAAAUAGCACUCGAAAUGUGGUCUAUGAAGAAGUAUUCCAAAACAUAUGA